AGCGGCUCAGAUGUCUUGGUAGCCGCGGCUCUGGCGCUCCGCACCCUCCGUCUGCGGCAGCGGGGGCUGGCGGCCCUGGCCCCUGCCCGGCCCCCUCCUCCAACCUCAUGCCUCAGCCCUAACCCCGCCGCCCUCCCCUGCGGGGGGCCUUUCUCCGUGCCCCCUGCCCGCCCCGUCCACUUCGGGCGCCAUGAACGACCAGUACCACCGGGCAGCCCGGGAUGGCUACCUGGAGCUCCUCAAGGAGGCCACCCGGAAGGACCUGAAUGCCCCCGACGAGGAUGGCAUGACCCCCACUCUCUGGGCUGCCUACCAUGGCAACCUCGAGUCGCUGCGUCUCAUUGUGAGCCGCGGGGGUGACCCGGACAAGUGUGACAUCUGGGGCAACACACCCCUGCAUCUGGCAGCUUCCAAUGGCCACUUGCACUGCCUGUCCUUCCUGGUGUCCUUCGGGGCCAACAUCUGGUGCCUAGAUAACGACUACCACACGCCGCUGGACAUGGCUGCCAUGAAGGGCCACAUGGAAUGCGUGCGCUACCUGGACUCCAUCGCGGCCAAACAGAGCAGCCUCAACCCCAAGCUGGUGGGCAAGCUGAAGGACAAGGCCUUCCGCGAGGCGGAGCGGCGCAUCCGCCAGUGCGCCAAGCUGCAGCGCAAGCACCACGAACGCAUGGAGCGGCGCUACCGGCGCGAGCUGGCCGAGCGUUCCGACACCCUCAGCUUCUCCAGCCUCACGUCCAGCACCCUGAGCCGCCGGCUGCAGCAUCUGGCGCUGGGCAGCCACCUGCCGUACUCGCAGGCCACGCUGCACGGCACGGCCAGGGGCAAGACCAAGAUGCAGAAGAAGCUAGAGCGGCGCAAGCAGGGCGGCGAAGGCACCUUCAAGGUCUCCGAGGAUGGGCGCAAGAGCGCCCGCUCGCUCUCGGGCCUGCAGCUGGGCAGCGACGUGAUGUUCGUGCGCCAGGGCACCUACGCCAAUCCCAAGGAGUGGGGCCGGGCCCCGCUCCGGGACAUGUUCCUCUCGGACGAAGACAGCGUCUCCCGUGCCACGCUGGCGGCCGAGCCUGCCCACUCGGAGGUCAGCACCGACUCAGGCCACGACUCCCUGUUUACCCGCCCCGGCCUGGGCACCAUGGUGUUCCGCAGAAAUUACUUGAGCAGUGGGCUGCACGGACUGGGCCGCGAGGAUGGGGGGCUGGACGGGGUGGGAGCGCCGCGGAGUCGGCUGCAGAGCUCCCCCAGCCUGGACGAUGACAGCCUGGGCAGUGCCAACAGCCUGCAGGACCGCAGCUGUGGGGAGGAGCUGCCCUGGGGCGAGCUGGACUUAGGCUUGGACGAGGACCUGGAGCCCGAGACUAGCCCGCUGGAGACCUUCCUGGCCUCCCUGCACAUGGAGGACUUUGCCGCCCUCCUGGGGCAGGAGAAGAUCGACCUGGAGGCUCUGAUGCUGUGCUCUGAUCUCGACCUCCGCAGCAUCAGCGUCCCCCUGGGGCCCCGAAAGAAGAUCUUGGGGGCCGUGAGGAGGCGGCGGCAGGCGAUGGAGCGCCCGCCAGCCCUGGAGGACACAGAGCUAUAACGGGGGGCUCCUCUCCCCAGACCAAAAUGAAUUGCAAGUUGCCACAACCUAUGGUGGGAUCUCGAGGUCCUCACAGUUGCCAGCCCUGCAGCCCCCUUCCCCAGGAGCAAGGACCAGUUGGGGCGACUCCUUUGAAAGCCUGUCCGCACCUUGAAGCAGAGGGUGUGGCCUGGAGGCACCAGAGGGGCAAGAGAGUGUUCUGGAACUCCAGUUCUGAGGGGUCUUGAAGGCCCUGAGCCACCCAUUCUGAGCAGCCCUAAAGGACAUGUAGACUUGGGGGAGGCCUCCGCAGAGGGAGGGCAGGGGCAUCAGAACUGGAUGAGAGUGUGGGAGGUGGAUGCGGGAGGGCGCGCCUGUCCCGGGCGCCGUGGCCUCACCCACCCCUCCCCUGAUGGCCUUGUUCUCUUGUGCUCAGGCCGGAGACUUGCUCACUACCUGCAUUGUUGUGAAGGGAAGAGUUUGGGCUGCCUUCCCUCCUCCCGUCCACCCCAGAGGGGAAGUUCCUCAGCCAGACUCUUCAGCCAAAUGCCCCAUCUUUCAGUCUGCACCCCAUCCCCCCAUCCCAAGCAUAGCCAGCACCCCUUCCUUCACCUAGUGGCCAAGGCCCGGAGCUGGAAAGCCAGGUUGGGGUGGGGUGGGAGUACUGAUGCCCUUUCCAGCUCAUCUAGGGGUGAAGCCUGGCCUGUCUUCCUCCAGCCUCCCCCUUUUUCAACGUGCAGCCUGGCCCCCCAGGGACCCCAGAGGGCCAGGGCGCUAGAUGCAAGGUGCUAGACCAACAGGCUGCAGUAUUAUAGCCCGCAGGCCUGGCAGGCAUGCGCUGGGCUAGAGAAAGGCGUCCGCCAACCUCCUCAGUCUCCCAGGCCCGGGACAGGCAGAACAGGGUGUGGCUGGGUGUCAGGCCUGGGGUGGGUAAGUCCUGCGAUGUGGACACUGGAGAAAGUGGAUAAUCUAAACUGCAGAUUGUCUCCAGGUCACCAGGGCUGUGUGCAUGUGCAUGUUUGUGUGCAUGUAUGCAUGUGUGUGCAUGCGUGUGUGUACGUGUG